AUGGUUCGCGGCAGCUCCAUAGACCCUGCGCGCUACACGUCGCUGGCGCUGACCCAUGUCCGCUAUGACCCCCAAGACCCCUUCUCCAAGAUCCUCUCCCUCGCCACGCUCUCGCCCAUCUUCCUGCUGUGCUCCUACAUCACCAUCAUCCUGUACCGCCGCGAGCUCACCUUCAUCAAUGCCCUGAUCGGACAGCUCAGCUGCGAGGGUCUCAACUGGCUCCUCAAGCGCCUCAUCCGCCAGCCCCGCCCCACGGCCGACUUUGGAUCCGGCUACGGCAUGCCCAGCUCCCACUCGCAGUUCCUCGGCUUCUUCGCCGCCUUCUUCCUCGCCCACUUUGGACUCAACCGUCCCCCGCCCAUGCAGACGAGGACCGUCGUGGGCUUCAUGCGCAGACUCGAGCACGACGCGGCCAUGCUCGCCAUUGCGCUGCUCGCCGCCAUCACCUGCUACUCGAGAUACCACCUCCACUACCACACGCCGCUUCAGAUCUUUGUCGGGGCGAGCAUCGGCCUCGUCUACGGUGCGGCAUACUACUACCUCACCGAGCACUUGACCCGCAAGGCGCUCCGCCUCCCUGCCCCGCUCGGCGUAGGCUCCGACUCGUCCUCGAUCGCCGUCAAGGCCAACCGCAUGAUUGCACCCUCCUCGACGUCCAGCAGCCUGCGACAGCGCAAGCAGUCACAGCCAGAGGUCGCGACCCGCGCAUCGACGGCCAGCGCCGCGGCUGCGAAAACCGCCGGGCGCAGCGGGCAUCACCGCCGCAGCUCGAGCAUCUCGGAUCGAUUCAUCCCCGACCUGCAUCCGGCCCCGCCGCUCCGACAGAUCAUCCUAGACCAUCCCAUCGCCGUCGCGUUCCGGAUCCGCGACAGCUGGAUGGUCUGGCGCGACGGCGGCAUAGAGGGCGAGUACGGCGCAUGGCAGCGAGAGUGGAAGAAGCGGAGGAAGCCGUGGAAGAGGUACUACGACUCGCUCGCCUCCUCGUCUGCCGACGAGGCCGUGGUCGACGACGACGACGACAUGGAAGAGAACGGCAACCUAAGGGCCAAGCCGAACAAGGAGCGCGACUACGACCUGAUGGUGGUCGCGCUGCGCGAGGCAGACAAGUGCAUCCCUCUCACCACGGCUUUCUGCGUGGGCUGCGUCAUCGCCAUCCAACCGAUGCCGAACGAAGCCGUCAUAGAUUCUCAGACGGGCAUCCUGACCACGGGCUACUCGCGCGAGCUGCCGGGCAACACGCACGCCGAGCAGUGUGCGCUCGACAAGCUCGAACGACUCUACGGCCGCCGUCGCACUUCGGACCCAGCGGGCGGCAGAUCGGCAAAGGAGGCGACCAUCAAGCUGGACCUUUACACGACCAUGGAACCGUGCUCGGAGAGGCUGAGCGGCAACGCGCCGUGCGUGCAGCGCAUCCUCGCGUUCAACAAGGCAGGUCGCGACGGCGAGCUCGUCUUCUCGCUUCCCGUCGGCGGCGGCGGCGGCAGCGGCAGCGACGGGGAGGGGAAGAGCAGGGACGUGGUGCUCAUCAUCGACCGUGUGCUGCAGGGCGUCUCGGAGCCCGAAGACUUUGUGCUGUGCCAGGGCGCACGGAUGCUCCGCGAGCAGCACGUCCAGGUCGAGACGGUCGUCGCACCGCCGUCACACCACCACCAACGGCAGCAGCAGCAGCACCGUCCCCACGACCCAGGCGCGGGGUGGACGCCCAAACCGGACUGGCUCGAAAAGGAGUGUUUGCGCAUCGCCAAAAAGGGGCAUCAGGACGAGCCGACCGCCGAUCCGAGGGUCGUCGAGCUAUGGAGCCAGUAG